AGGAGCCGCGGGGCGGGCGGCAAGGCGCAGAGGCAGUCCCCGCUGGAGUCCAGGGCAGAGAGAAAGCCGGUCCGGAGGAAUUCCUGCUGCGCCAUGGCCCCGCUGACGGUGAAGGCCUACCUGCUGGGCAAAGAAGAGGUGACCCGCGAGAUCCGCCGCUUCGCCCUCGACAGGCCGCCCCGCUUCCAGCCCAUCCGCGACAAGGUGGCCGAGCUCUUCCAAGGCCUGCUCCGAAAUGCCAGCCCCGGGCCCGCCGGCGCCUUCCAGAUGUACUACAAGGAUGAAGAUGGAGAUACCAUUGCUUUUUCUAGUGAUGAAGAACUGAAGCUGGCACUGCCAUGUGUGAAAGAUGGUGUUUUCCGCAUUUAUGUUAAAGAGAAAAAGGAACUGAAGCGUGAGCACCUUCACCGCCAGUCCUGCAGCCAGGAGCGCCCUUCCAACGUGGUGCAUCCCAAUGUGAUUUGUGAUGGCUGUGAUGGGCCAGUGGUGGGGGCCAGGUUCAAGUGCACUAUUUGCCCAGACUAUGACCUGUGCAGCACCUGUGAGGGGAAGGGUACCCACAAGGAACACAACAUGAUCAUGUUUCCAAGCCCACUGCUCUAUCCAUUUGAGUGGCUUCCUCGAGGUCGCUGGCAUCGUAAGCUGAAGCAUGGUGCUUCUCCCUUUGCCUGGAUGCACGGUUGGGGACAAGGCUGCCCUCGCCAGCAGCAAAACCCGGAGCAGGCACAAGCAAGCGCUCCUCCUGAGAACCCUCCUCCUGAGCAAGCAGCCUCCAGCAGUCAGUCUCAGAAUCCGAAUGUCACCUUUCUGAAGAAUGUUGGAGAAACUGUUGCUGCGUUCCUGAGUCCAUUGGGCAUUGAUGUUGAUAUUGAUGUGGAACAUGAGGGCCAGAGAAGUAAAGUGACACCUACAGUCCCCAACCCUGACAGCAGCUCUAGACCCAGCACUUCCAAGGAGCAGGAUAAGCCAGAAGAAAGCAGCCAAAGCAAACCAGCUUCAGAAGCAGCUGAUGACAUUGCAGACCAGAUGGAGGAGAUGAUGGUGCGUUCUCCUCCUUCACAUAUGGAAGACGAGAGCCUUUUGUCACAGGAGCCAGGGGAAUCCUGUAAUAGUUCAGCAGGGGAUGAGGACUGGACUCACUUGUCUCCAAAGGAAGUGGAUCCUUCAACUGGUGAACCACAGUCCUUACAAAUGACUGAGGUGGAUGGGCCAAGUUCUUCGGAGCCAAGUGGAGCUAAUGCUGGACCAACCGGACUCCGAGAAGCUGCACUCUACCCACAUCUUCCACCAGAAGCAGAUCCUCGCCUGAUUGAAUCCCUGUCCCAGAUGUUGUCUAUGGGGUUCUCGGAUGAAGGAGGCUGGCUGACCCACCUGCUCCAUUCCAAGCAGUACGACAUCGGGGCCGCCCUGGACACCAUCCAAUAUGCUAAGCAGCCACGGGCUUCCAAGUAGCACCUGGGCAACUCAUCACUCCUGAAGCAUAUUGUUGAAGCUGCGUCUUCCCAAUAGCCUCUUUUUAUAUCUGCUUCCCUGUCCUUAAUGAUCUGACUGUAUCUCAAUAUUCUCAGUUCAUAAAAUUAAGAAUAAAUACUGACUUUUCCAGCUUA